GCUAAAUGAAAAUUGACAACGAAAAAUAUACGAAAAAUUGUUUGUGUGUUCCCUGUCGGUCGCUCUGUCCGUCGUUCUGCUGUCCAUCCGUAUCCGUAUCUUUUUGCUGUGUUCUGUGGCUAUACACGCCGUGACGCCUGCGCAGUAAGCAGCAAGAGUGGCAGCCUGGAGUGCAAUAAUUCUAAUUGGAUACCAAAACGGACACACAGGGCAGGAAACGGAAGUUGGCUGCCAUUUGCAGAGCCACUUGGCAACGAACCUGUCCAUGGAUUUAUGAGAGAGUGCGGCACCAUGAGAUCCGUUUGAGGCAACGUCUUCUCUGCGCUUGAGGCAUAGAAAAUGUUUCAACGUCUGCCCGCUGCUGGCGGCGCGGACAUUUAUCAGGAUGCUGCUGCGGCUGCCGCUGGCACCACAACGAUGCGCUCCGUGUUCCCCAAUUCCCGUUUGGAUUCGCUGUCAGAAAGCCAAGUGCCAGCGCCGCCAAUGCCACCAACGCCAGACCCGGACGGUGCCAGAUCCAUCGCUGGUGGCGGUGGAUACAAUCCCCUAGAUGACGACUGGUGGGCCAAUGCCAUCGAGGUGGACACCUUCGACUCGCCGCUGGCGUUCGAUGCCAGCGAGAAUGGGCUGUGGAAUGGACAUUUUGUGCCGCCACCGCCGCGUCCACCGUUUCUGGAUGAAAGCGUAGCCGCUGAUGGUUUGACCACCUGUGAUCUAUGCACGUGGGCAUGGCAGCGGAAUGCCUACUCAUUGGAUGGUUCGAUAGAUAAAGCUGGCGAACUUGGAUGGGCAUUCACCCUAAUCAUAGUUUCAAUCAUAUCGGCUCUCAUAGGUGCUAUUGUAAUGGUCAUAGUUCUAAGAUGUAGAAGAAUUAAAUCAGCGAAUGCAAAUGGUGGUCGCCCGCAGCCCUGGUGGUGUCGCAACAAUCGGAGUGGCGGCCAGAAUCGAUCGCCCAUCUCCAUCAAGCACUCGGCGGACAGCAUCCGGCGGCCCACAAGCAACUCUGGUGUCUGGACCUGGCUCGGCGGCAGUCGACGCUCCUCCGCCGGGCCCGACCAGAUCGGACCACCAUCCACAUCCCCAGCGGAGAAUCACUAUACCCAUAUGGACGAUGCCUACAGUCCGGUGGGCGUCAGCGAGGCCCUCUAUGCCGAGCUCGAUCGGGAGUCGGUGCGUUCCGCCAAUCCCUCGUAUCAGAAUACCGCCUACAGUCAGUGUGGUGAGAAAUACAAUUUCCAGGGCCACGAACAGGACAUUCCCAUGGUCGUCUCAUCGGCACCGAGCAGUGCCUACUACUCGGAUCUGUCCGUGACGGCCAUGCCCGGCGGUGGCGGGCCAAGUGGCAGCAAUCAGGGGGCCUACGAAAUCGUUGGACUGAACGUGAUGUCACAGCCGUUGCCAAAUUGGGAUCACCAUGGCGGUGGGGCGAGUGCAGGCGGAGGAGGAGGCAUUGCCACCACUGGACUGAUGCCAGGAGACGCGGUAGCGGCGGCGGCGGUGGCCGCAGCCAUGACACAGCGACGAGCGCCUCGAUUGGCGGCCAUCAACGAGACGAGCACCAGCACAGUGCCCUCGGAUUAUGUCUAAGAGAAUAAAGAGAGACAGAGAGGGAGAGAGAGAGGGAAAUGAAUGUGAAAUUGUUCGGCGAGCUUAAAAAUGUUAAUAGGAUCUAGGCGAUAUAUACCGUUAUACACACCCCAUAGAUCGUAGGCGUAUAUACGAUUUAUAUAGAACUUAUCUAAGGAUACGAUACCAUCUACCAUCUACCAUCUACCAUUUACCAUCUACCACUUAGUGCUUAGAAGACAACGACUUGUGUCUUUCGUUUAAUGUCUGAAUUGUAAUCUAUAAAUGAUAAAAAAUAUGAUAUUGAAUACGGGAAUAUAUUUAUAUGAAUAUACAAGGCGAGAAUGUAUUAUAUAUCUAGUGUUUAUAUAGUAUCUAAGCAACGAUUUAAUCGUGGGUGAUAUUUAGCCUAUAAUAUGCUAUAUUCUUAUGUUCUAUAUGUACUUUAAAGCAUUUUCUAAAAAUGCCAACAUUUUUCAAUAGCCUUAAGGACGACAAACGAAGCGAAAAUAGAAGACAGAAACCCGCAAAACCGUAGUUUCCCCCCCAAAAAAAACAAUAUAGGAAACGAUAUAUACAAUAUACGAAUACAAAUACAUCAAUAUUUAUACAUACACGCGACAUAUUUACAACCAUUUAGCUCACAGAACAUACAGAUUUAAAGAGAUCUAUCAAACGAUCUAUCUAUCUAUAAAGAAACAUAUUUACAACGAUUUUAAUGCAAAAGAUUUCACAAUAUUUACGCAGUCGUGGGGGAAAUGUGGCAGCAGCACAGUGGCACACACACAGACAUCAUAUCAUUUACCACAAUAUUCAAUAAACUAUAUGCAUACAUAGCUAUCUAUAUACCGAUAUAUACACACACACACACACACUCACGAAUCACAGACUCACCUUUAGCAGACGUCGCGACGUAUUGUAUUUUAGUUUUUACGGAUAGUAGGCUUUCCUCUAAUU